GCAAUUUAAUAAUUAAAGAAAAAAAACUGAUAGGGUCUAGAGAUCUAGUUACAGUCUAGUACUAGAAUAGACUAGUAGGCUAGUAAAGACAUAGAUCUAGAUCUAGAUUCUAUAUCUGAUUAUAAUCAAAAUCAUUUCAACUUUAAGAUUGGGACCCUAGAAAGCAAGUUUGAGUUUCAUUUUCGUAAAGCAAGACUGGCGAUAAGGAAUGCACGCUGAAAUAUUAACUCCAAUCAUUAAAACAAAGUAGUGAUCGAAUCCAGUUUAUAAUAAUAAAAUGAGUUCUGAGAGUGAUGAAGGUCAAAACUUCUCAAACUCAUCAAGUCCUGCUGACGAUGAGUCAUCAAGUGAAAGUGACAAUGAUUCUAGUGCAUCAAAGCAUCUACCAUCUUCAAAGGAAGAAAAGGAAGCAAAAUCAAGUCCAAAACUCGACAGUCCAAAUACAUUAGUAGACCCGAGCCAAAUAUCUGAUAAAGAAAAAGGUAAAAAGAAAAAAAAUGUCCAGAAUUCCAAUACAAAAAAUGAUAAGGAGGAAAAAGACAUGGAUGAAAACAACUGUGCUGGGGCUUCUGGUUCAAAAUCAUCAUCUACAAAAAACAAAUCAAAACAUAGUAAAAUAGGUGAUGAAGGGGAGCAUUUAGAUGCGCAUAUGCAAAGUGACAGUGAUGAUAGUUUUGUUCAUGUUUCAACAAUAACAGCAAAUAAGACUUCUACAGAUUCAAUUAACACAAAAAGUAAGACAAAAAAUUUAAAAUUUAAUGCAAAAGGUAAAUCCCAGUCUGAUUCUGUGAAUGAUGAAAAACCUGGAUCAAAAGUAAAAAAACUGGAUUUAAAACAUUCAAGUUCCAAAACAAGUAAGAAAGAAAAAUCUGUUGAUGGAGAAAUUGGUGGGCCAGAAAAUCCAGAGCAGACAGAAAAGAAAAGAGAGAAAAAACAUUCAGACACCAGUAAAGUAGAACCAACUAAAGAAGAAAAAGUAAAAAGACCAGAUGAUAGUGAAAUUAAUGACAGUAAAUCCUCCAGUUCUGACAGUGAAACAGAAGUAAAAAAAGAACUUAAUUCCUCAUCCGGUGACAGCAGUCAUGAUGAAAACACCAGAAAAAAAGAUAAUAUGGUCAGGCAAAGUUCAACAUCAAGUCAAAAAAUGGCCAAAGCUUCUGAAGUAAAAAAAACAAACCAAAAAAAGAGGGCUAAAAAGCCAGACACUGCUGAAGAGUCAUUGAGCUUUGAGAGUAGUGAAGAUGAUUCAGAUGCUUCAAGUGUUAGAGACAACAAAAAGAAACAAGGCAGUAUGAAAAAGUCUAAAGAAUCCAGCAAGCCUAGAGAUAAACAGGCAAAAAGAGAUAGAAAAAAAGAAAAAGAAGUUUCAAAAAGUGAUAGAAAGUUAAAAGAAACAAGCAAUCAGAUAAAUUCAGGCAGCGGAGAAGACAGUGAUGACAAUGAAGAAAUGCUGCCUAUCCAGACACCAAGUAAAACCAAAACAAAAAAUUCAAACUUUCAAGUAGAUAGUGAGAGUAGUUCUGAGUGUGAAGAUGCUGCCAAAUCAAAGUUACAGAGAAAAGUCAGCCGCAGUGCAAAUAAUAUUGACAGCGAUGAGGUUAGUUCUGAGUCUGAAAAACAUGAUAAGAAAAGGAAAUCAUCCAAAAAAAGCAAUAGUGGAAUCACUGAAAAAUCAGCUGGUGAUCAAAGAAGUAAAAAAGAGAAAAAGAGAAAAGAUUACUCUCCUGAAGAAAAGACAGUAAAACAAAAAACUACUAGAGAAUUAAACAAAAAGGGCAUAUUCUUUAGCCAGGAAGAUGAGGUAGCCAAUGCAUCAUCAGAUGAUAGCUCAGACAGUGCCAGCAGUAAUAACAGUCCUAAAUCUGUUAAAAAAGUCACAGAAACAUCAGCAAAGAAGAAAAGAAAUAAUUCUGAUUUAAAAAUGUCUAAAAAGGAAAACAAAGACAAACCAUUGAAAGCUAAAAGGAAAGAAAAGUCACCCAAGCGUAAUUUAAGUGAUGAAGAUUUGAAUACCAGUUCAGCAGGAGCAUCAGCUAGAAGAAAAAAGAAAACUGAAAAAUCUAAGGAGGAAAAAGAAACACAGAGUGCAAAUAAAUCAACACGAAGUAAGACAAGUGUAGAGAAAGAGGACUGUGACAAAGUGAAGAGAACUAUCAAAGCCAAGGUUGCUGAUGUUCAUAAAACAAAAGAUACAUAUGUCUUGUAUCUAGAAGAUCCCAGCAUAAAUAAAGGGGAAAUUGAAGAAGAUACCAUGCUGCUAGAUGGACUACAGAAACUCCUUUUUGUUACUUUUACUUUUGAGCAGCAGAAAUAUGCUAGAGCAUUUAGAAAGGUUAAACAUGAUGAAAGCAGCAAUUUGUUAAAAGUCACCAAGGCAUCAGCUGAAGAUUUUGACAUAUUCCACAACAUGAUUUCCAUUCACUGCAACAGCCUUACAACUGAGAAGGAUCUUCAUAGAGUACAUGCUUUAAUACAAGAAAUGUCACACCUUGAAAUAAUAAAUAUUAUACAGUAUGAUGAUCCCAGGUCUGCUGUAGUUGUUUUUUCACCUGAACAUUGUUCAAAAGGAAAAAUUGCAGAGCUGUCAUGGGAUUGUUCUGUGGAAUAUAAAAAUGAAAAGAUCAUAGUGGCACCUGUCUACAGAAAUAAAAUGGUUAUUGUGGACAAUUUAAAUAAGAAUACAUUGGAUGUUACCCUAGAGCGUUUUCUGACAAGCAAACGUCAAGGGGGACAACCAAAAAGUGUGGAGUCCAUUCACAGGAUAAAUGCUAACUGUGCUAUAGUAACUUUCAAAACUUAUGAAGCUUUGGAGAAUAUUAUUGCCAAAGGGUCUUACAAACUUGAGGGAGCAAAUUUGGAUAUUUGUCAGUUUUAUCCCUGUCUUAAACCGGACACCUUUGACAUGCAUUUAACAGAAAAUGAAUCUGAAAAAACACACCAUGAUGGUUAUAAAAGACCAACAAAUACAUCACAAAGUGGUGAAGCAAUAAAACUAGAUUACUGUGAAAUCAAACUGUUACAGCAGCUACACAUAUUUGAAGACCUUCAAGAAAACCAUUCUGUAGAAAUAACAUUAGAGAUUGCAGAUAAAGAAAGAUGUUCAACCUUUAUUAAGGGGAGUUCAAGAAAUACACAAGACGUAAAAUGUAAAAUAUUAGAAAUAUGUAGUGAUACACUAAGAACAGAAAAAAUAGACCUGAAUUUGGCACCACCUAGUGAAGAGCUGCUAAUGUUUGAGGAUGUUCAAGAAAAAACCAAUCAGCUUCUUCAGGCCAAACAAAUAUCUGCAUUUUUUGCUGGAUUUAAUAAAGCCUUUAAAGUUUGCCACAAAAAAGAUGAGGAUAUAAAACAAGUAUGCCAGUUAAUAAAAUCACAAGCGGAAAUUAAACACAUGGAACUAGAUGAUGAAAUGCUUGGGAUUUUACAAUCUCCAAACGGGGAGAAGUUUCUAGAUGAGCUGAAAAAGACAGAUGAAAAACAAACUACAUCUAUCAUAAAAGUUGAUCGGAAGCAGAAAUUCCUUUUAAUUGUGACAAGAACAGAGCAGAUGUGGCAGCUUGUUAGCUCAAUUGAACAGUUUUUAGACAAAAACAAAAUCCAUACAAGAGAAGUAGAAAUGCCUUAUACGAAGAAGGCCUAUAUCAAUAAAUUUUGUAAAACAGAAUUUGAAGAAAUUUUGGAAAACCUUCAAAAAUCAGGCACAGAUGUGAAAUGUGUUUCAAAUAAAAUAAUUCUUAAAGGAUUACUUGAGCAGCUGGAAAUGGGGGUGACAUAUCUGGAAAACCUAAGUGAUUCAUUUGUUGCUGAAGAGACAGAUCUAAGUUAUGUUGGAAUUAAUCAGUUCCUUUCAAAACAUGGGGCUAAAAUUAUCAAAGAGAUUGAAGAGGAUUAUGAAUGCAUCAUCUUGGAGAAAAACAAAUCAGAAAAUGAAAGAGAUUCAGAUUAUCUUGAGAUUUCUACUGGUCUAGGAUCUUCUAUCACUCCUAUAGCUUCAGCACAAAUGCACAAUUGUAAAGUGAUUUUUCUGCAGGGAAAUCCACUAAAUAUUAAAGCUGAUGCAGUCAUAAGUUUUAUAGAUAGAAAUGGCAACUGUUUAGAUGAUCCUGGGAAAGACAUUCUCCUAAGAGGAGGCAGCCAAAUACAGAAGGAAAUAAAUGAAAAGAAAAGAGCCUGGGAGAAAAUUAUACAAACUUCAGCAGGAGAAAUUAAGAACAUCAGAGAAAUAUAUCAUUUAGUCUUAUCAUCAUCAGACAUGGACAUAGAAGAUCUUGUGGAACUUAUAGUCCGGUGUUUGAAGCAAGCAACUGACAAUGUGAAGUCCUUAGUUUUCCCAACAGCUUUGUUUUUCAAGAAGUUCAAGCUUCCACGUUUCGCAAUAUGUUCUAAGAUCAUAACAGCAUUGCAGAACUAUUUCUCAGUUAGUGAUAACCGCUUAGCAGAAAUUUUAUUCUGUGAUGAAAAUGUUGAAAACAUCUCUGAAAUGAUGGAUAGAUUUGAAGCAACAUUUGAAACUUACUUAGAAAAACUAGGAAAUAUCCAUGAGGAGGAAAGUGCUAAAGCUGAAAGCAGAAAAAAUCCCAAGUCUGCGAGAAGUAAAAACUGUUUUAAGUUUGGCCCAGUAACUCUCAAGGUUAUUGGCGGAACUAUUACUAAAUCAAAGACUGAUGGUAUAGUGACUACCAUUGAUAAAAGCCUUGAUUUAUCCAAAAGCAAGAUUUCACAGAGUGUAUUAAAAUAUGGUGGUCAGGAGAUACAAGAUGAGAUCAAUGAUAACUAUAGCGCACCACUUGACCCCGGGGAGUUUGUUUUAACAGCCGGUGGUAACCUCGACACAAAACACAUUUACCAUGUCUGUCUGCCCAGAUGGAGAGAUAGAACUGCAACUCAGCUUACUGAUAUGUUGUUAAAAAUACUGAAGUGUGCUGAUGACAAGCAACUAACAACUAUUUCUAUACCUGCCUUGGGCAUUGGUGGCAUGCGAUAUCCUGCACAGGAGUCUGGAGAAGCUUUUGUUGAAGCUGUUAAAAAAUUCUCCAGAUCUAGUUCUAAUUUGACCUCUAUAACUUGGGUUCUUUAUGCAAAAGAUCAAGAAACAGAAGAAACAUUUAUAAAAAUUUUAAACUCUGAAGCUGAGGAUGAGGAUGAUAUUGAAGAACCUGAGCAAGACAGAAGGAGACUCACUCAAAAUCACAAGCUAACAUUUGGAUCUGUAACACUGUCUAUUAAAACUGGAGAUAUUACACAAGAAAAAUGUGAUGCUAUAGCAAACAGCAUCAAAGAGUCAAUGGAUUUGGAUUCCUCAGGUGCAGUGUGCAAAAAAAUUCUUGAAAAAUGUGGCAGAUCAUUUCAGGAUGAAUGCUCUGAAAACGUUAACAAAAUGAAAGACAAAGGACUGGCUGUCACAUCAGCUUCAGGUCUUCCCUGUUCUAAAAUUUUCCACCUGAGUAUGGAUAGGUUUAAGUAUGACUGGGGCAGUGGAGUCAGUUUAGUAUUGAAAGAGGCAGAGAGAAUUGGCAUCCGGUCAUUAGCACUGCCAGUGUUGGGUGCAGCUUCUAAAAAUGCAGAUCUUUAUAAAAUAAAAGAAUCACUUUUGGAAGCAAUUAAACGAUUUGGUGCAAGUAAUCCGCAAAAGCUGAAAGAUAUUCGUUUAGUUGCCUUAUCUAACAGAAUUGUGGAUUUGCUUGUAGAGAAACAGCAAAUGCAAGAAAUUGAAGAUAAUUUCAUACAAAUGACUGUCAUAUCCAAUGAACAUGGUAAUGUGAAGAAAGCUAUCGAAAAACUUCAAAAGCAAUGCAAGAAAAAAUAUUUUUGUCAUGAUUAUUCAUUCAAAUUAAAAAACUUAACUCCAGAACAGGUAAAAAAGUUAAAGGACACAGGCUUACAGCAUUGUACGUAUGUGACAUUAAAGGCUGAUCAAGUUGUGGUCCAAGGGUUCCCUGUCAGCACAGACGAAGCUCAAAAAUCUUUCUUUAACUUUUUUAUGAACAUGCGUGAAGAGGCUAACAAGGAACCACCAUUGCAGUGCAAAUGGCAGUAUGAAAACAAAGAAAGAUGGAGAGACUUUGAUGAGAAUAUAAACAGGCAGAUUGAAAAAGAGUUUAGCAGACAGUCAUCAUCAUGUAUAGUUAAAGAUGAGAAAGGGCGAUCUUUCAAGGUUGAUUUUAAGACAAUGGAGGAAAACUAUAUGCGAGGUGGUACACUUGUUACCCCUGGGUACCCAAUUAGAAGAAUUGACCUUAAUGAAGAUGCUUUACCAGGUUCUUGGGGUGGUAUGAGUAAGGAUGAAAAUGUCAAGCUAGUUGUGGUUAAACCUGAAUCUAAUGAGUUCAAAACUGUGGCCAAAAAUUUUACACCCACAGGCAGAACUGUGAAACAGAUUGAACGAGUUCAAAAUAAAAGCUUAUACAGACAUUAUCAGUUGAAGAAAACAGAAAUAACUAAAAGAAACCCACCCAAGCAUGAGAAUGAGAAAACUUUGUUCUUUGGAGCUCAGCCAGCCAACAUCAACAUCAUCAACACAAAUGGCUUUUUACAAAACUAUGCCGGCCCAGCAACACUUGGAUUGGGUGCCCACUUUUAUGUGAACCCAGCUGCUUGUGUACAAACCUCUAGCGCUGAUCCCACCACAGGUCUGUGCAGGAUGUACCAGGCCAAAGUCCUUGUUGGAGAGUCCACUCUAGGCCAGGCGAAUAUCAGGUCACUGCCACUGAAGAAUGGACAACAUCCGUACGACUCGGGCAUUGACAAUGUCAAGUCUACUUAUGUCAUUUUUAAUGAUGCCCAAGCUUAUCCUGAAUACAUUAUUUCAUUUUCUUAAACAUUUUUUUAUGUAUGUAAAUGUUUAUCAGACAUUUACUUACUAUUUUAUCAUGUUUUUCUCUUUCAUAUUGAUAUUCAGUUUAUGGUUUUGGGCAUAUCCUUCACAAAUUUUUCAUUUGAAAAUUCCAUUGUUUUUAAAAAUUCGAGAUGGUAAAUUCACUUUCAUAAAUGAAAAUGAUGUCAUGAAAAAAUUAAUUAUUCAUACAUUUAUUUUUCAUGUUCAAAAUAUAAAGUUUUUAUUUUAAAGUCAGACAUGUAUGACACGCAUUAGAUUACUAUGUAGGAUAAAUCACACAACCAAAAAUAAACUGCCAUAAUUAAUAAUUCAGCAUAUCAAUAUUUUAAUGUAUUAUAAUUUUCUCUUUAUUAUCUCAUUUUAGCCUAGUCAUUUUUAGGAUUUUAUAAUAAGGAAUACUGCAUUUUUUAAGAUUUUAUUUCAAAUUUUAUAUACAUUUGGACACUUAUGCAAAUUAAUUCAAUUUUAGACCGAUAGUAAUUAUGAUCCAACAUUUAAAAACAAAAUGGAUUUGUUAAACAUAUAGUAAACUAUUCAAAAUAGGGCAGUGUUUACUAAUAAACAAAAAUCAUUCUAUUUUUGUUUGGGAUAAAACUGAGUUUCUAGCACACCAGUUCUACUUUUCUGUGAUCAUCUGUUAACCUUACAUAGACCAAAUAUCAGUUGAAGGCCUGAUUAGAGAUAGUAAAUUUAAGCUUAUUUAUAGUUACAGGCUAAAGCUUGGUAUUGGCAAAAAAAUAAACCCAGCAAAAAUGAUUAGUUAAAAUAUGGUGUUGAAUAGAAAUCUGAGAUUUUUCAAUAAUUUAUGUACAUUUGCAAGAGAUUUUUGUUUUAUUAUUAUUACAAACAACUUUGUUGUUCUAUCGUAAUUGCUAGCACAUUUUUAAAAUUACUAUUAUAUAAAAUUAUCUACACUUGGUAAAACCUUUAUAGGAAUUACAUUGUUUCUUUCAGACAUUUUUCUAUGGGGUGGGGGGUGGGGGCACUUGAAACUUUCUGGGGUGGGAGGGGUUGUGGACACUGGUUAAAGUAUGUAUUUCUAUAUAAAUUAUAGAUUUUUCAAUUUUAAAUUUUGUUGGAGGCUACCCCUAUCCCCUGUAGAGGGCCUGAAAGAAACUCUGUAUUAAUUUUUGUGUGCGUUUUUACGCCCUUACAGCUGAUACUAUCUGAAUGAUUCUCCAGUUGUAUCCUGCAGUAUUAGUUCAAAUAUCUACAGUAAUUCCUUUAACCUGCAAUUGUUGUAAUAAACGAAAGCAUGUUUUAACUAUGGGUAAAAGCGUUGUUGUUGUGCGACUGUUAUAAUUUAGUGAGUAGUUUUGUUACUUGUAUGUGUAAUUUGUUUUUUUGUGAAUUGUUCUAACAUCGCUACAGAAUUAUGCGUGUUUUUUUUGUUGUUGUUGUUUUAUGUGCUAAAAUAAAUAAG